CGGGGAUCCCGCUAUGAUAUAGCUUCCCCCCGCCCCAUCUAAUUUGGCGCAUCAUGGCGCUGGAUGCAUCCGGUAGUUAUGUCGCUCCCGGCAAUCUGGCUGAUUCCCCCGACGCAGCUCUCUCUAUGUUCGAUGUCCGACGUGUCCAGCUCCAGUUCCCACUAGCUGCGGACUUCGUUGCUGCGCAGGUCGCCAACAACGUGCUUGUCCUGGCCCUGUCAACGGGUCGAAUCCUUCGCAUCGAUCUGGAUACGCCCGAGGAUAUAGAUGACAUCGACCUCCCGAAGAAGUCCUCGGAAACGGGGGUGAUUCGACGCAUGUUCUUGGACCCUUCCGCAUCGCAUCUGAUCAUUACAACCACCUUGGGCGAGAACUACUACCUCCACACCCAAUCGCGGCAACCGAAACUGCUGUCGCGAUUGAAGGGCGUUUCGAUCGAGAGUAUCGCCUGGAACCCAUCAGUGCCGACGGCUUCGACUAGGGAGAUCCUCCUGGGAACCACCGAUGGCACCAUAUAUGAAGUCUACAUUGAACCGUCUCCGGAAUUCUUUCGUCGCGAGGAGAAACACGUCAGCGUGGUCUACAAGGUGCCGGAGGCGUCGCCGGUAACAGGGAUUUGGGCAGAGCUGAUACCGACCAAGCCUGACCUGCGACGGGUGCUGCUUGCAACCAAUAGUCGGCUGACUUAUUUUGUUAGCCGCGCGGUGCGUAGUGGAAGGGAAGGGGGAGGCUCAAUCUACGCCGAUCUCUUCCAACGGGAAACACCGGUGCUACAUGAGAUCCAAAAGCCCUCUGGCGCUGCCCCAUCGGCGUUGGCCAUAUCCCCUUCUACCCCUGAUGGCCACAGUGUGGACUCGGACUUUGACAAGGAGUUUGCAUGGCUGAACUCCCAAGGAAUCUAUCAUGGCCAGCUGCCGUAUGCGUCGGAUCAAGUCAACCGGCCGUUCGAAAAGUCAAGUAUGCUCUCACGGUCAAUCUUCCCCGCUAGUGAAUCUGCAAGGGGAGGCCGGAAACUCAUCCAGGACCCUAUAACUGCUCUGACCCUCUCGCAAUGGCACAUAUUGGCGCUUGUCGAAGGCAGGGUUGUUGCGGUCAACCGGAUGAACAAUGAGAUUGUCUAUGAUCAGGCAGUGCUUGAACCUCGACAAAGUACCCUGGGCCUUCUGACCGACUCGAUGAAGCACACCUAUUGGCUAUUCACCAGUCAAGAAAUCUUCGAGGUCGUGGUCGAAGACGAGGAUAGGGACGUGUGGAAGAUAUUCUUGCAGAAACAAAUGUACGACCAAGCUCUCCAGUACGCUCGCAGCAGCGCUCAGAAGGAUGCUGUUUCCACCGCCUCGGGGGAUUUUCUUGCCACCAAGGGCCGUUAUCUCGAGGCCGCAAAGAUCUGGGGCAAAAGUAGCAAGGGUUUCGAAGAGGUCUGCUUGACCCUGAUCAACCGCGGGGAACACGACGCUCUGCGAAAGUAUCUUCUAUCUCAGCUAUCAACGUACAAGAAGUCGUCGUCGAUGCAACGGAUCAUGGUUGCCAGCUGGCUGGUGGAAGUGUUCAUGUCCAAACUGAACUCCCUCGAUGAUAACAUCGCCACCAGAGCGGAAUUGGCCGAAGGGACCAGCACCGACGAAAUUAGGACCAACCUCGAUGAUGUCCGUGCCGAGUUCCACGAGUUUGUAACCAAAUAUAAACUCGAUCUGGACAAGAAGACGGUCUACGACAUCAUCAGCAGUCAUGGCCGAGAGGAGGAGUUGCUUUUUUACGCCACGGCCGUCAACGACCACAACUACGUUCUCUCGUAUUGGAUCCAGCGGGAGAAGUGGUCCGAGGCCCUCAAUGUCCUCCAGAGACAGAGUGAUCCCGACGUCUUCUACAAAUAUAGCAGCGUGCUUAUGACCCACGCUGCGACAGGAUUAAUAGAUAUACUAAUGCGACAGACUAAUCUUGAACCUGAACGCCUCAUACCUGCCUUGCUGAACUACAACAAGACGGCAAACAUCUCUCUGAGCCAAAACCAGGCCGUCCGAUAUUUGAACUUUAUCAUCGUUAAUCAUCCUCGACCCUCGGCUGCAGUCCACAACACCCUUAUAUCGAUCCAUGCCUCAAGCAACUCCUCCACGGAAGCUGGGCUUCUAACCUAUCUUCAAUCGCAACCAUCAUCCCCGCCCCCGUACGAUGCCGACUUCGCGCUCCGUCUUUGCAUCUACCACCAGCGUGUGCAGUCUUGCAUUCACAUCUACAGUGCCAUGGGACAGUACCUCCAGGCGGUCGAGCUAGCUCUGCAGCAUGAUGACAUUGAACUAGCGGCGAUAAUUGCCGAUAGGCCCGAGGGCAACGACAAACUCCGGAAGAAACUGUGGCUCCUUGUGGCCGAGAAGAAGAUUCAACAACCAGGCACCGGCAUCAAAGAUGCCAUCGAGUUUCUGCGUCGAUGCGAGCUCCUCCGCAUCGAGGAUCUCAUCCCAUUCUUCCCGGAUUUCGUCGUCAUCGAUGACUUCAAGGAUGAGAUUUGCAGUGCCCUAGAGGAUUACUCACGGCACAUUGAUGCACUGCGCCAGGAAAUGGAUAAUUCUGCGCAGACCGCACGACAAAUCCGAAACGAGAUCUCGGGUCUGGACACGCGGUAUGCUAUUGUUGAGCCCGGAGAAAAGUGCUGGCUCUGCUCUUUACCGGUCCUCAGCCGGCAGUUCUUCGUCUUCCCCUGCCAACAUGCCUUCCACAGCGAUUGCCUGGGCAAGGAGGUCCUCGAGGGGGCGGGCGGAAAGAAGAAAUACAUUCGCGACUUGCAGGCGCAGCUGAACAAAGGCGACAUUGCCACCGCUCGACGGGAAGAGGUCGUACGAGAACUAGACGGAUUGAUAGCGGAAGCAUGUAUCCUGUGUGGUGAUCACGCCAUCAAACAGAUUGAGAAGCCAUUUAUCACGGACUCUGACAGGGCCGAUGAAUGGGCUCUGUGAAGAGGGCGUUGAGAAACCCUAACUCCAUGAACUCUAUUCGGCCCGGAUUUUCUUCCCUUUUAUGUGCUUUUCUUUUAGCGUUUAAUUCUGUUGCAUUGGCCCGUUCUGCAUGGUUGAACCCCCGCGAGGCCAUGUCUGAGACGAUGAAGAAAGCAUUUCUCUGGAUUCAGCAUGUCGGUCUCAACCAACCCUUCGCCGUAUGAAGGUGUAAAUAAUCCCGUACAAUGAUUGAUAUGAAUUCUCAAGCUCCUCUGACAAACUGAACUCCUCUUACCUCAUCAUUGAAGACGUUUACAUUAAUCAUAGCGAAAUCUUAUCG